UUCUCCGCGAUGGGAUGGCCAAAGGUUUGGACAAGUAAAAUUAAGAAAUACAAGGGACGCACCUUCCUCCUUGCAUUCCUGAGCCAAUUUUUUCCUUGUGCGCAAUGGCUCAAGCGGGGACUCUCCUCUUGUAGAGCCAAUUCCAUGUCUGAAUCAAAGGGCGACUCCUUGAAUUUGAGCUGCAGUCUGUUCCUUUGUACAAGCACAAGCCCGAACCAGAUCUGAUUCAUUUGCUGGGAAGGAAUCAACAGGGUAGCGUAGAUAUGGUGUUCAAUUUACGCACCUUCAGUUUCUCCAGUUCUGAUGGAGAAGUUGGAAUGACAGUUGAGAAUACCGGUAAUAAACUCAGAAGGUUCUCUUUCAAAGAGCUUCAGGUUGCGACAAGAAACUUCGACCACGAGAAAAAGUUGGGACAUGGAGCAUUUGGACCGGUCUACAGAGGACACUUAGCCGAUGGUUCUCUCGUCGCUGUAAAACGAUCGCAAGAGCUUUCUGAAAAAUCGGAAAAACAGUUUCAGACAGAAGUGGAAGUGGCAGGUAUUGUUCACCACCCCAACUUGUUAAGCCUGAUUGGAUAUUGCGAUGAGAAGAAAGAGCGGCUGCUAGUCUACCCCUUCAUGGUCAACCGCAGUCUCGACUUGCUCUUGAAACAGAGAGACGUCCGACAGCUCGAUUGGCCAAUCCGGAUGCGGAUAGCAUUGGGAGUCGCUAGGGGGCUGGCUCACAUGCACGAUCAAUGCCAUCCGAGCAUCAUACACCACGAUGUGAGUUGUUCAAACAUAUUGCUGAAUGCGGAAUUCGAGCCAGUGUUGGGGGACUUUGGCUUGGCCAGGAUCAUGCAUAAGAGGGACGUUGUGGUGGGGGGCACCGAAGGGUCCAUCGGCUUAUGCUCGGUUUCUACAGCUGAAGUGGGUAAAUAUCCGCCUUCGUUGCCCAUAUCCCCUCGGCGUUGCCAAGAUACUUAUGUCAACACCGCCGUGCGUGCACAUCUAGGGUACAUUGCUCCCGAGUACGCGAGAACGGGCAAGUGCACUCUGAAGGCUGACGUCUACCUAUAUGGGAACAUGCUUCUCGAGCUCAUCUCAGGACAGCGAAUUUUCUUCGGUCUGCUACGGAAUGACUGGAUUAGCUAUAUGAACAAGAACGCGUGGGAAGGGUUGUCGAUCCUACUUUGCAGGGGAACUAUCCGGCGGAAGAAGCAGAACAGCUCAUCCGCUUGGCAUUGUUAUGUACGGAUGACGAUUCGUCAGUCCGACCCAAGAUGUCUGAAGUGGUUAUGAUGCUUGAAAACCGAUUGCACGAACUGGAUCCUAGCAGUAGGAGUAGUUGGUGCCGAAGCGAGGGUGAUUCGACUCCUUACUACUCCUUCCCUCCUUCUCCCUCGUUGGAAAUGGCUUUGUAAGUGGCCCGCCCGAUACUACGUCUUGAUCAACGUCUGUUCAAUUCCCUUCAACAUGAAGUUCAUCUUCUACCUAUUGCCGUUUUA